AUGGAUGAACGACGUGAUUCCACUGCAGAUUUCCUGCAAGCGCAACUGGCCUCGACCCCGUCGAGCUCAAGCGACGAGUUUGAUUAUGACCAGGACCGCGUGGACAAACGACGAAGUAUACCGGUCAAGCUCCAGGAGACGAGCCAGGCGGGCCAAUACCUGCUGACUUCAGAGGACGCCAAGCUGUUGCAAGAGAUCCUAUGGCAUACCGUGCACCUGGAAAGAUCAGGAGUGUCUGAAAAGGGUCGCCUUCGCUUUCGAGAUUUGAAGUUCAGGCGCCAGCUCAGUACAUUCGAUCGCCAGAACCCCAACUUCAGCUCCUCGCAGUUCCAUGGCUUCUUCACACUCUUCUGGCUCGGCGUGGCUCUACUCUUGGUCAAGGUCGCAACGAAUAACUGGAGGGCUCAUGGCACUGUCUGGGCCAAAAAUGAGAUUGUGCGGCUGAUGCUCCAUAAGGACGUCUUGGUUCUUGGUUUAACGGACUUUGUUCUAUGCUGGUGUACCGUGCUCUGUCUGGGACUGCAGCGACUGAUCCUGCGUGGCUAUAUGCACUGGAGUGGUCUGGGAUGGAUCAUUCAAAACGUUAGGUGA